AACCCCCUCGUCCGGUCUGCAGCCAUGGCCACCUCGGCGAGCUCCCACCUGAGCAAAGCCAUCAAGCACAUGUACAUGAAGCUGCCGCAGGGGGAGAAGGUCCAAGCCAUGUACAUCUGGAUCGACGGGACGGGGGAGCACCUCCGCUGCAAAACCCGCACCCUGGACCACGAGCCCAAGAGCCUUGAAGAUCUCCCCGAGUGGAAUUUUGAUGGCUCCAGCACCUUCCAGGCUGAAGGCUCCAACAGUGACAUGUACCUGCGACCUGCUGCCAUGUUUCGGGACCCUUUUCGCAAGGAUCCCAAUAAACUAGUUCUCUGCGAGGUCUUCAAAUACAACCGCCAGUCUGCAGAGACAAAUCUCCGACACACCUGCAGGCGGAUAAUGGAUAUGGUGUCCAACCAGCACCCCUGGUUUGGGAUGGAGCAAGAGUACACUCUUCUGGGGACAGAUGGACAUCCAUUUGGCUGGCCUUCCAACGGCUUCCCUGGACCCCAAGGUCCGUACUACUGCGGCGUAGGGGCAGACAAAGCCUACGGCAGAGACAUUGUGGAGGCCCACUACCGAGCGUGCCUUUAUGCUGGCGUGAAAAUUGGAGGAACCAAUGCAGAAGUGAUGCCAGCCCAGUGGGAGUUCCAGGUGGGACCAUGUGAAGGGAUUGAGAUGGGCGAUCAUCUCUGGAUUGCACGCUUCAUCCUCCAUCGGGUGUGCGAAGACUUUGGUGUCAUUGUGUCCUUCGAUCCCAAGCCCAUUCCUGGGAACUGGAACGGUGCUGGCUGUCACACCAACUUCAGCACCAAGAACAUGAGGGAAGACGGAGGUCUCAAGCACAUUGAAGAAGCCAUCGAGAAGCUGGGCAAGCGUCACCAGUUCCACAUCCGUGCCUACGACCCCAAAGGGGGGCUGGACAAUGCCAGGCGCCUGACGGGUUUCCACGAGACAUCCAACAUCCACGAGUUCUCGGCUGGUGUGGCCAACCGUGGCGCCAGCAUCCGCAUCCCCAGGAACGUGGGCCACGAGAAGAAGGGCUACUUCGAGGACCGCCGGCCCUCCGCCAACUGUGAUCCUUACGCUGUGACGGAGGCCCUCGUCCGCACGUGUCUCCUCAACGAAACUGGAGACGAGCCUUUUGAAUACAAGAACUAAGCGGACUGCGCCCACAAACACCGCCUUCCCCCCACACUUCCCGCACCCCUAAACUUCCCUUCUAGAUGUAAUCCUGAAGGUACAAGAUAACAUGUUUUGUGUCUCAAUAA